AUGGGACUACUGGUGAAGAAAAAGAAGAGGAUAGAGGACCAGUUAUUCACAUCUCCAACAGUCAAUGUAUUGUCAUUAUAUGCAAUUGGCAAUGGAAUGUUGAAUAAUGGUCCAUCAUCACCUACUUCCCAACAACAACAGCAACAGACACGUGGAGUAUUAUCAAGACAACAGUCCAAUUUCGAACUACUUCCAUCUUACAAUGGAUCACAACUUAGAGAUGCAGUAAUAUCAAAGUCAUCAUCACUGGGGAGUGUUGGAGACCUGGUCCACAACUCCAACAAUAUUAAUAAUAAUAAUAGUAAUAGUAAUAAUAGAAUGAUCGAUCAUACAAUAGUCCAGCCACAGGCUCAACAACAACAACAGACACAAGUACAAGUACAUAUCCAACCACCUCCAAAUGAGCUGGCACAACAACAGACAAUGUUUGUUAAGAAGGCUAUUACAAUACCAACUAGAAGAAGAGUUGUUGAAGUGGAUCGUCCAAGGAGCAUAUCAAAUGCAGGCGAGGUUGACCUAUUCUUCAAGAUGAAACAGACAGAGAACCACUAUGCACAUUCAAUCACAAGUGCCAUCGCCCCAUUUAAAUACGUGGACGAGAGAACUAAUGAUGAUGAUUCAAAGAUGGAUGAGUUCAAGGUAGAUUUAUUCUUUGAUGGAUACUCAAAGUGGUACAAGGAUAUGAAGAAGAAUGUUGGUACUCAUUUACAUCAGGUUCAAUCAAAGGAUUCGAAUGGCAAUAAUAUUGGAGGCGAUGGAAGGAGUGGAGGAGAUAGUUGGCUACGUGGAACUCCACUGAGUAGAACUAACAAGUCUCAAGCUCAAGAGGAAGGUGAUAAGGACUUUAUAAAAAGACAUACUACAUCAAAGAAGAAGUUAACAACAUCGAAUAAUAACAACUCAACAGCCUCCACUGUAAUGAUGUUGAAUGGAAAUCAUAUGGUACAACAUCAAUCAUCAGAUCAUGGAGAUGGAGCCAAUCCAAGGAGGUCAGAGCAUAGAUAUAGCAUGUCCAUCGCAGACAAGACUUCACGCUUGGUGAGAAGAUUGAGUAGCAUUCAAUCUAUAAGAACACAACAUAGUCCAUCCCAACCUCCAAGUCCAACCAACAACACCAACAAUGUUGAGGAACAUGAUCACCCUACCAUCCCAGAUCAUCCCACAUCAUCAUCAGACCAAAACAACAUAUCCAACCCCAGUCAGGACGAUCACUCAAUACCAAGUAGUCGACCUGGAAAUGGAAAUGGAAAUGGAAAUGGGACUAACAGCGCCGAGCAACAGACAUCAACGACCACGGGUGGAUAUUCAAGCCUCUCAUCAUCCUCCAAUCAGAACCACAACUUAUCACCCAACUCCAUCAGGAAGUUGGGAGGCAAGAUAAUGUCAAUAUUUGGAAGCAGCAGUUGUGGCAAACACAGGAAGAUGGUAUCGAUCGACUUGACAUCAGUGUCCAGUGCUGGUGGUAAUGGCAGUCUAGUCUCACCUCCAACAUCACUGGCCUCCUCCAACUGUAUAUCACGAACACAUUCACAAUCAUCCAUACUUCAGUACUCACCACGACAGCCAGACACCGAGAGGUGUAGCGCCUCCAACUCUCCACUCAAUCGAUCGACAACACAGAUAACAAUCCAGUGCAAGGCUACACCGCGAUCAUCAUACUUCGACAUGCCAAUACCCAACACAUACACGCCUGGCAACACAUCACCAUAUUCUUCGCCACCAAUACAUUCUGGAUACUACAAUGGCAAUGGUGGAAGUAGUAUGCCUGCACUCAAUCAAGCACAGAUUAUCAAUCAUAAUAGACAUCAUCAGUCCUCACCACAGAUGUCAUUAACCAAGGGAGGAGAUCUAACUGCCAACUUGUUGGAUGCCGCCGAUGUCAUGUGUGUUGACCUUGAGCCUCAUCAGAAGGAUGCCGCUGACUCGCCACAUGGAGUUGAGCAUCAGAAUGAUGAUGGAGCGAAUGGAAAUCGUGAUUCAAAUGAUGGUAGUAGUAAUCACAUUGAUGAGGAUGAUGACCUUAGUUCCACUUCAUUGUCCAGCUCAUACUCAUCACUCAGCUCACAUUCAUCAUCUCCAGAGCUCACUCCUCCACAUAAGACCAAUGGAUUCUUCAAGACCAUUCAUGUUCCACAGAAGAAGAGGUUGUCAUAA